AUGUCAGAUGAAUCUGGCGGUCCCUUCGACGACGAUGAGCCGUAUGGAGGUGUGUUUGAUGACUACCUGGACGGCGAAAGCUCUGUAAGCGCCAAAGACUUCAGAGACUUCAAAGGCAGGCCGAUGCCCACCUUUGAAAAAGAAGUCAAGAAGCGUGGUUUCGAGAGGUUCGUGGUGGACAUGCUUCAGAGCCAGAGCUGGGAAAGCGAGCCGGACUACGAGAUGCACAUGCUCAGGCAAGCGGAGCGCUACAUGAGAAGCCACCCAAGCAAAGUGAACUUGUCCAAGGUCGUGAAGGGGGAGUUCAACUUCUCGGGAAGCUUCACGGCUCCUGCUUUCCACUGGUUCUUAAGCUGUGGGUGGCUGUCAGGCUUGAAUCCUCUGAGGCACCCAAAAGUGACGUCAAAGGUGAUUAAUGCUCUGGACAACAAGGGGAACAGCGCGCUUUACUACUGCCACGACGAGCACUACGAACAAGGCUGGAUCUUUGGCCAGGAUAUCAUGAAGCAGCUCAUCAGUGAUGAGAGAUUCUGUGCAGUCGACUUUCCUCUGAUGCCCACAUAUGGCGGAGGCCAAGAUCCCUUGCACUUGCCUGGCAGAAAAGUCUUGGCGCUGCUGAAGCGCAACCUGGCACUUCCCAAGAGGCAAGCUGCCAAGAAGCUACGAGCAACGGUCAACUCCAUCCGAGAGGGCUGCAGUUUGCUGCACAUGGUCUGUGACGGGAUCCUCAUCGAGCCCACGAGAUGCGUGGUGGAGAUUCACGCGGCCUUGACUGGAGAACAUGUUGCGAGUCUGCCGGCGAGUGGUGAUGAGGUGGUGGGCAGCUUAGAAAGCAAACUAAACCUGAGCAAAAAACGAGUGAAGCAUGGGCCUGUGAAGUUCGUCAACUCGAAAGGAGCCGUGCUAGAGCACAGCGACAUGAUUGAAACCAUCAACGCCAAAAGUCCCAGCCCUAGGACCGCACGGUCCUCCGAGGAGGGUGGCCAUCCUGUGCAGGUCUACACGGCCACCGUUCGUUCUGACGAUUCCGGUAGCAUUGCUGCGUCGCUGGUCAGACUCAUCCGGUCUCAUCCCGAGUUCAAGCGCAUAAAUCACGUAGCCUGCGAAGAUGAAAGAGGGGGCUUUGGCAACCAAAGUUCUCAUCAUGUCCAGCGAGAGACGUGUCUCAGAGCCGUCCUACGAAAGGUUCACAAUCCUGCGCGUGCCAAGGUUGUCCAGGAGCUUUUGAAGAGACAUCCAAGUGGUGACAGGAGUCGCGAUUUUCAAGUCACAGAUGCAGAUGUUCUUGCUGCCCUUGCAGAAGACAAUGGGUAUCCGUCAAAGAUCGUGGAAGACAUCCGCAAGCGAGGUCAAGAACCUCCCCCUUUGAAGAAGCCAGCUGCAGGAGCAAAGUCUGCCAUGAAAAGGCCAGCGCGCAAGAGUUCCAAGGUCAAGCCAUCCAUCGCAAAGAAGCCAGCUGGAACCAGAAUGGCCCGAGCCACCGGCAAGAGGUGA